AAACAUCCGUAAAAGGCGUUCCCUUUGUUCAUUCAACAAACAUUUGUUCAAUUUCAUAUGCCCUCUGUCUUGGGAAAACCAAUUCAGGCCUCUGCAGCCCCAACACAGAGGCACUGUUCCCGCCUUAUUAAUGACCCGGUGAAGCCAGGAAGACGAAUCUCGACCACUGCUGCGCAAAUACCGCGCGUGGUUUAUUAAAUGCCUUCUCUCUGAGUCCCAAAUGGCCGGGAGCAUUAGGCCACCUCCCUUGCCCUCAUCUCUCGCUACCACGCAAGAAAGCGUUAAUCGCAGAUAGUGACCAUGGCCCCGAUCCGUCGUUCCUGCUUCCAAACAAGCUUUGUGCCAGCUUCCUCAUUUUGCGAGGCUCCACUCUCCUGGGCUUCAGGCUGCGGCUGGGCCUCCGGGACCAAAGGCCAAACCGGGUCUAGAGUCCCGGCCACAGACACCUCUACAUGCGGGUGUAGAAUAGCGCCCCCGCGUGGCGGCGGCCCAGGGCGUCUCAGCCAGAUUUUUCCAUCUCCGGGGUAGGCUUGGUCCCCCGUACUCUCCAGCGGAACUACAACUCCCAGCACCGUGGUUGCCCGGACUCCCGGAAGCCAAGCCCUGCAGGGAGGAAGCAGCUGAGACCCCGCCAACAAACCGGGGGGUUAAUUUAGCCAGAAAAGGGGGCGGGAAGGGCUCUGGGACACCUGUCAAUUCGCCACCAUGAACGUGGUUUUUGCUGUGAAGCAGUACAUUUCCAAAAUGAUAGAGGACAGCGGGCCUGGUAUGAAAGUACUUCUCAUGGAUAAAGAGACGACUGGCAUAGUGAGUAUGGUGUACACACAGUCGGAGAUUCUUCAGAAAGAAGUGUACCUCUUUGAACGCAUUGAUUCUCAAAAUCGAGAGAUCAUGAAACACCUGAAGGCAAUUUGUUUUCUUCGACCUACAAAGGAGAAUGUGGAUUAUAUGAUUCAGGAGCUUCGAAGACCCAAAUACAGUAUAUAUUUCAUCUAUUUCAGUAACGUUAUCAGCAAGAGUGAUGUGAAGUCAUUGGCUGAAGCUGAUGAACAGGAAGUGGUGGCUGAGGUUCAGGAAUUUUAUGGUGAUUACAUUGCUGUGAACCCACAUUUAUUUUCCCUCAAUAUUUUGGGUUGCUGCCAGGGUCGAAAUUGGGAUCCAGCCCAGCUAUCUAGAACAACUCAAGGGCUUACAGCUCUCCUUUUGUCUCUGAAGAAGUGUCCCAUGAUUCGUUAUCAGCUCUCAUCAGAGGCAGCAAAGAGACUUGCGGAGUGCGUUAAGCAAGUGAUAACUAAAGAAUAUGAACUGUUUGAAUUCCGUCGGACAGAGGUUCCUCCAUUGCUACUUAUUUUAGAUCGCUGUGAUGAUGCCAUCACCCCAUUGCUAAACCAGUGGACAUAUCAGGCCAUGGUCCAUGAACUGCUAGGCAUAAACAACAAUCGGAUUGAUCUUUCCAGAGUGCCGGGGAUCAGCAAAGACUUAAGAGAAGUGGUCCUAUCUGCUGAAAAUGAUGAAUUCUAUGCUAAUAAUAUGUACCUGAAUUUUGCUGAGAUUGGUAGCAAUAUAAAGAAUCUCAUGGAAGACUUUCAGAAGAAGAAACCAAAAGAGCAGCAAAAACUCGAAUCAAUAGCAGACAUGAAGGCCUUUGUUGAGAAUUAUCCACAGUUCAAGAAAAUGUCUGGGACUGUUUCAAAGCAUGUGACAGUGGUUGGAGAACUGUCUCGAUUGGUCAGUGAGCGGAAUCUGCUGGAGGUUUCAGAGGUUGAGCAGGAACUGGCCUGUCAAAAUGACCAUUCUAGUGCUCUCCAGAAUGUAAAAAGGCUUCUUCAGAACCCCAAAGUGACAGAGUUUGAUGCUGCCCGCCUGGUGAUGCUUUACGCUUUACAUUAUGAGCGACACAGCAGCAAUAGCCUGCCAGGACUAAUGAUGGACCUCAGGAAUAAAGGUGUUUCUGAGAAGUAUCGAAAGCUCGUGUCUGCAGUUGUUGAAUAUGGUGGUAAAAGAGUCAGAGGAAGUGACCUCUUCAGCCCCAAAGAUGCUGUGGCUAUCACCAAACAGUUCCUCAAAGGACUGAAGGGAGUAGAAAAUGUAUAUACACAGCACCAACCUUUCCUACAUGAAACCCUGGAUCAUCUCAUCAAAGGAAAGCUUAAGGAAAGCCUGUAUCCUUAUCUAGGCCCCAGCACACUCAGAGACAGAAUUGCCUCUUGUCUUUGAUAAAGGCAAGCAACUUUUUCAUUUGGUGAGGAAAUGGAGCUAUAUGAUCAUGCAUUCCAGAAUCAGUCAAUCAAAAAGGAAGUACUUUUCACGUUUACACAAACGUAAUAGAAUCUUCUUGCUACAGCUUAUUUUUUGUUUCCGUAAAGCAGCAGUCCUUUUUCGUUGGCCUUUUUUCCUGUAGUAAACGCUAAUAACCAUAUCAUUUGUAAGUAUAUUCAAAAAUUACAAUUUUAGCCAUAAAUAUAAUUCUCCACAAAAUAGAUAAAAUGUUGCAUUUUGAAAGUUUGUGUUUCCACCUAACUUAAAUGCAUAUAGAAAUAAUGUUAAAAACUCUCAACAUGUCUGGGCGCUGUGGCUCAUGCCUGUAAGCCCAGUACUUUGGAAGGCCAAGGCAGGCAGAUCACAAGGUCAAGAGUUCAAGACCAGCCUGACCAACAUAGUGAAACCCCAUCUUUACUAAAAACAUACAAAAAUUAGCUGGGCAUGGUGGUGGGCACCUGUAGUCUCAGCUACUCGGAAGGCUGGGGCAGGAGAAUCACUUGAACCCAGGAGACAGAGGUUGUAGUGAGCCAAGAUCACACCACUGUACUCCAGCCUGGGUGACAGAAGACUGUCAAAAAAAAAAAAAACAAACCUCUCAACAAACUUGGUAUUGAGGUCUAUGACAAACCAACAGCCAACAUCAUACGGAAUGGGCAAAGCUGAGAGCAUUCCCCUUGAAAACCGGCACAAGAUAAGGAUGCCCUCUUUUACCACUUCCAUUCAACAGAGUAUUGGAAGUCCUAGCCACAGCAGUCAGGCAAGAUAAAUAAAUAAAGAGCAUCCAAAUAGGAAGACAGGAAGUCAAACUACCUCUUUGCAGACAACAUGGUUCUGUAUCUAGAAAACCCCAUAGUCUCAGCCCAAAAGCUCCUUCAGCUGAUAAACAACUUCAGCAAAGUUUCAGGAUACAAAAUCAGUGUACAAAAAUCACGAGCAUUCCUAUACAGCAACAACAACCAAGCUGAAAGCCAAAUCAGCAAGGCAAUCCUAUUCACAACUGCCACCAAAAACAUAAAAUGCCUAGGAAUACAGCUAACCAGGGAGGUGAAAGAUCUCUACAGUGAGAAUUACAAAACACUGUUCAAAGAAAUCAGAGAAGCCACAAACAAAUAGAAAAGCAUCCCAUACUCAUGGAUAGGAAGAGUCAAUAUCAUUAAAAUAACUAUGCUACCCAAAGCAAUUUACAGAUUGAAUGCUAUUCCUAUCUGACUACCAAUGACAUUCUUCACAGAACUAGAAAAGAAUUAUUUUAUUUUUCUUUAUUUUAUUAUAUUUGAUUUUUAAUAGCCUAUGGCACGUGUUAUUUCCAGAUGGUCUCCCAUCCAAGUACUAACCAGGCCCAACCCUGCUUAGCUUCUCAGAUCAGACAAGAUCGGGCAUACUCAGGGUAAUAUGGCCGUAGAGAAAAAAAAAUACUUUAAAAUUAAUGUGGAACAAAAAAAGAGCCCCAAUAGCCAAGGCAAUCCUAAGCAAAAAGAACAAAGCUGGAAGAAUCACAUUACCCAACUUCAAACUAACUACAAGGCUACAGUGACCAAAACAGCAUGGUAUGGGUACAAAAACAGGCACAUAGUCUAAUGGAAUAAAAUAGAGAGCCCAGAAAUACAGCCACACAUCUACAACCAUCUGAUCUUUGACAAAACUGACAAAAACAAGCAGUGGGGAAAAGACUCAUUCAAUAAAUGAUGCUGGGAUAACUGGGUAACCAUAUGCAGAAGACUGAAGCUGGACCCCUUCCUUACAUCAUAUACAAAAAUCAACUCAAGAUGGAUUAAAGACAAAUAAAUGUAAAACCUAAAACUAUAAAAACCCGGGAAGACAACUUAGGUAAUACCAUUCUGGACCUAGGAACAGGCAAAGAUUUUAUUACAAAGAUGUCAAGAGCAAUUACAACAAAAGCAAAAGUUGACAAAUGGGAUCUAAUUAAACUUAAGAGCUACUACACAGCCAAAGAAACUAUCAACAGAAUAAACAGACAAUCUACAGAACAGGAGAAAAUAUUUGCAAACUAUACAUCUGACAAAGGUCUAAUAUUCAGCGUCUGUAAAGAACUUAAAUUUACAAGAGAAAAACAACCCCAUUAAAAAGUGGGAGGCCGAGGCAGGUAGAUCACCUAAGUUCAGGAGUUCGAGAACAUCCUGGCCAUCAUGGUGAAACCCCAUGUCUACUAAAAUUACAAAAACUUAGGAAUUGUGGUCGGCACCUGUAAUCCCAGCUACUCAGGAGGCUGAGGCACGAGAAUCACAUGAACAUGGGAGGCGGCGGUUGCAGUAAGCUAAGAUCGUGCCAUUAUAUGCUAGCCUAGGCAACAGGAACAAAACCCCGUCUUAAAAAAAAAAAGUGGCCAGAGGACAUAAGCAAAUAUUUCUCAAAGAAGACAUACAUGCAGCCAACAAGCAUAUGAAAAAAAAACUCAGUAUCACUGAUCAUAAGAGAUAUGCAAAUCAAAAC